CAUAAGUAGUACAAAGAUAGGGAGAGGUAUCAAGAGGAUCUAUACUUCCUAUACCUUCAGAAGCUAGACAACAUUUGUUCUGACUAGAUUUCAUUUUCCGCAUAGAUUUAUCUCAUUUGAACCAAGGAAAAAUGGUUUAUAUCAGCGCAGGAGUAUUUGCAGUUACUUUUUUUGUAUUAAUUGUUGGAUUAACUUUUGGAAUAAGUGUUAAACCAUUUAAGGGAAGUGAUGCUUUAGACUCUGUUCCAUUAAUAGAUGGACACAACGAUUUGCCGUGGAAUAUCUACAAUAAAUAUGCAAAUAAUUUAAGUGCUUUUCAUUUCGAUAAUGACCUCACUCAUGAUCCCUUGAUGGGAUUGAGAACAUGCAACUCUUGUCAUACUGAUCUGCCUCGUUUAACUACUGGAAAAGUCGGAGGUCAAUUUUGGGUAGCUUAUACUUCAUGUGAAUCUCAAUAUAAAGAUUCACUCCAAUUAACUCUUCGGCAAAUUGAUGUAAUUAAGCGUCUUAUACAAAAAUAUCCAUCACGAUUGCAAUUAGUGACAGAUGCUAAAUCAAUUGAAACUGUCUGGAGAAAUAAAAAAAUAGCUUCAAUGAUUGGAGUUGAAGGAGGACAUUCGUUGGACUCGAGUUUAGCAGUUUUAAGAAUUUUUUAUGAGCUUGGCGUUCGUUACGUCACUCUUACUCAUGUAUGCAAUACACCUUGGGCCGAUGCUUCAACUGUUGAAGAGUAUUCAGUAUAUAAUCUGACUAAUUUUGGCCGUGCGGUGGUCAAAGAAAUGAAUCGAUUAGGAAUUAUGGUAGAUUUAUCCCACGUGUCACAUAAUGUUAUGCGAGAAGUUUUGGCUAUAAGCAAAGCACCUGUGAUAUUUUCUCAUUCUUCAGUAUUUAGUAUUUGUAACCACUAUAGAAAUGUACCUGAUGACGUCUUGCAUUUAGUCAAAAAAAAUGAGGGAGUUAUUAUGAUCAAUUUUUUUAGUAAAUUUAUCAACUGCGAUCCAACAAAAAAUGCAUCUCUUGAAACUGUAGUCGCACAUAUCAAUUACAUAAAAAAUCUCAUAGGAGUGGAUCAUGUUGGAAUUGGAAGUGAUUAUGAUGGAGUUGAUGAUGUGCCAGAAGGGUUGGAAGAUGUAUCGAAAUAUCCAAAAAUAUUUGAUCGACUUUUUGAAAACCGUGAAAAUGAACCAUCUUGGACUAAAGAAGAUCUCGAAAAGCUUGCAGGUCGUAAUUUAAUACGUGUUUUUAGGAAAGUUGAAACAGUGCGUGAUUCUAUGACAUCAGAAGUUCCUAGUAACGAUCUUAUCACUGGUGAAGAAUUGAUGAUUGCUCAACAAAAAGAAGGAUUAAAUCCUGGAGCAUGCCAAACUUCCAACGAAUGGAAAAAGGUUCUUCUAUCGCUAUAAUUAAUGAUGGAAAUUUUUUUUAAUUUACAAAUUUUAAUGAUUUUUGUACUAAUCCAUUUAUAAAUAUACAAGAUAAAAUUAUAAUAAAUAUAAUAUUUAUGUUUAAAUUUUAUAAAUUAAUUUUUUUAUCAUAUUGAAAAUAGUAAACUGAGCACUUAUUAUGACUGAGAAUAUUUUCAACUGAGAAUUACACAACAAUAUUUGACCAAUUGGUAGAAGAUAAUUUUAUAAAUUACCGGAAAGUAUAAACAUAAGGCUAAAU